CGGCGAAAGCUGACAUUCUCGCACCUGACGGUAUGAUGUUUGGUUUUUUUUGGCUGCCCGAUUAAACGGGCUUUUUUAGUGACAAUUAAUGACUGCAGAAUCCUGACUCGAGUUCUGCACAAACCUUACAACCAGAAUUAAUUUCCGUGUAAAGGUCACCAGCCCUUCUGACGCCGUAAUUUCGAGCCACAGCUAGAACCAUGCCGUGGGCUUUGGUGUUUCGAAAUUUCGCGCAAUCCCGCUCAUCGCCGCAGUUGUCGGAUUUGUUGCUGCGGGACAAUGCGUCGCUGUCAUCUGGGCUUACCAGAAAUUAUCGGGAUACGAUACACGCUGAUAAAAGCAAUAUUGGUCUGCAUGGAAUGCCGCACGGGAUGGGGAAGAAGCGCUGGAGUAACGAAUUAAGCACAUCAUCAACCGUAACAUCAUCGGUGGACGACGCUGCCGACGAACACGGAGCCGUUGCUGAAUUUUUUCAGGCCAUUUCUGCUGGAAAUCGCGAUGUCGCCAAGAGUCUGAUGCGCAACAACAUCGAUUUGGUGCAUUCAAGAAAUCGCAGUGGCAAAACUGCGAUUCAUGUCGCAGUGGUCAAUGAGAAUUUUGCAGUUUUACAGGAUCUGUUAGAUAAUAAAGCAGAUAUUAAUGCUGUCGAUAACGAAGGAAAUACAGCUCUGCAUUUAGCAGCCGCAAAAAAUGACGGUGCAGCAAUUGCUGCUCUGCUGGCUUCCCAAGCAAAUCCCAAAAUAAAGAAUGGUAAACAGGACACCGCACUGCAUGUUGCCGUGCGUGGACAAUGCAUGGAUGCGCUUUCUAAGUUGUUAAACGCCGCGUCAUUGGAUAUUAACACGCCGGGUUUCAACGGGGAAACACCGGUACAUAUCGCCGGAUGUCUGAACCACGUGGCGAUGCUAGACCUGCUCAUCCGACGCCGGGCCAGCGUCUGCCACGGCAACGACCAGGGCCUGACCGUUCUGCAUCUGGCCGCUGCGAAAAGCGCGAACAUUGUUUUGCGGCACAUUCUACAAGAUGGCAACACCGGCUACACCGUGGCGCAACUGGUCAGUGUGGAGGAUGAUGAAAAGGGCACACCGCUUCACGCUGCGGUACACGGAGGCAACAUGGAGGGCGCGGCGUUGCUCUUGGCCAAUAAGGCGUCGGUGGAAGCGCAGACGGUGGACGGGACGACACCGCUGCAUGUGGCGUGUUCGCAGGGCAGCGUGGAGAUGGUGCAGAUGAUUUGUGCGAGCGUGGAGGAUGAAGAGAAACUGGAACGGGUGCUGGCCAUGAAGGAUCAUAAUGGACUGACGCCACUGCAUAGGGCUGCCAUCUAUAAUCAUGUGGAUUUAAUAGAAAUACUGAUCCAAACUGGGGCCCCGGUCGAUGCUCAAGACAAAACUGGCAACACUCCGCUUAUCAGCGCCGCCACCCGAGCAGCGGAGGAAGCCAUCCUGGAGUUGAUCUACCGCGGUGCCGAUGUGACCAUUAAGAAUAAUGACAAAAAGAACUUCCUGCACUACGUUAUAAUCGGUGGGGCGGACCAGAGUGCCAUCGCCAGGGAAAUAAAUAACAAUGAUCUGUUUACGAAACUGCUAAAUGAGAAAGACAAGAACGGUUGUACGCCGUUGCAUUACGCAGCAGAAAGCGGCUUCGGCACAGCCAGCGAAGAGCUUAUCCGAAUGGGAGCCGCUGGUGACAUCCGCGAUGGCCAAUCGCGGUCGCCUCUGCACGUGGCUGCGGCCCUGGGACGAUACAAUACAGCCAAGAAGUUGCUGGAAACUUCACAAGGCAUGAGCACCAUGAAUGCAUAUGACCGGCAAGGCAAUACGCCACUGCAUUUGGCGGCAGCGGGGGGUCAUUGCCGGGUGGUGCAGCUGCUCCUAACGAAUGGAGCGUUAAUUCAUAAAAACUUUAUGGGAAAAACCGCUCUUCACCUCGCAACGGUUGAAAACAGUCGAGAAUCCUGUUCCUUACUUCUUAAAAGCUACGCAUACCUGGCACGGAUUCAGGAUCGUGAACAGAAUUCAGCACUGCACGAUGCUGCCGAGCACAACGCCAGCGACUGCAUUGAUUUCCUUUUAACCGCGGGAACGGAGCUAGUCCGCAGUAAAUCCGGUGCCACUGCGCUGGAUGUCGCUAUCUUUCAUAAGAACGAAGCUGCGGUAUCCGCCAUGAUGGAGCAUGCACGCUGGGACGAGCUCUUGGCACAACCGUCACAAUUGUAUCAGUGGCCGAUACUGGGACUGAUCAAAGAGCUCCCGGAUGUUGUACAGAACAUACUCGAUCGCUGCCAGUGUUCCACCCAGUGCCAUCCACUGUCACCAGCUUAUUCCGUUGUGUACGACUUUCGGGUCCUUGAGCCUGGCCACUGUCAUACGUCAGCAGACAAUACAGGGAAGAAACCAAAAAGCAUGGAGACCAUGGAUUGUAUUGUAAAGCAUGGUCGACUGGAUCUGCUCAGCCAUCCCGUCUGUAAGCAUUACCUCGAUACAAAAUGGACGACGUACGGUAUUUACUUCCACUUCGUGAACCUGCUAGUGUACAUUGUCUUCUUGGCCAUGCUGACCUUUCUGUUACUGCGCGGCUUGGAAACCGAACUGCGGCCGCAUAUGACGCGCAUUAGCCUGCAGAAUCUUCUCAAGUAUAAACCGGAUUUCAAUCAAACCCAUUUUGGCCCGGUCCCCCUGGUGUAUGACUUUGACCAAUUGGCUCCGGUUUCCCAAGCGUUUCUUACCGUUAUCCUCAUCUUCACCGCGUGUCAACUGUUCAAAAAGAUUCUGCAAAUUUAUUUACAAGGAUGCAAAUAUUUUUUCCGACUGGCCAACUACAUGGAAGUGGUGUUGUAUGUUGCCGCAUUAUGUUUUGCCAUUGGAUUAUUUGACACGAACGAUCGCUACAUGCCGUGGCGCGUACAGUGGAUCCUGGGUGCCGUGGCUGCGUUUUUCUCCUGGAUUAAUCUGAUUUUGCAUUUUCAACGCUAUGGAAAACUGGGCGUCUAUGUUAACAUCUUCUUUCGUGGACUGAAGGUGUAUUUCAAAGCGGUAUCGGUGUACUUUAUCAUGGUGAUAGCGUUUAGCAUCACGUUUUGCGUGCUGAAUCCGGAGAAAAUUGUUCCCAACCAGUCGAUCUUUUUCCAAGUUGACCAUAAAGACGAUGACCCGAACAACUAUCUUACGGCCAGCGUUAACCUGGCGUCGUCGAUCAUACGCAUUUCCGAUAUGCUGGUCGGAGACGUCGAUGCCAUUCAGAAUUACAUUACACCGCUGUUAAGCGACAUGCUGGUGUUCCCCGCCGCAACCUACUUCCUGGCGCUGGUUACCGUGGGAAUGAUUACUCUGCUGAUCCAAGCCAUCCUGAUGAAUAUCGUCGUGCAGAAUCUGCAGGAAGUCGAGCGCAACGCCUCCCUGAACAUGUUAGCUAUGCUGGUGAAGUUGCACACGGAUCUCGAAGAGAAGCUGCCCAGUUGGUUUCUUCGCCGGGUGAGAAAGCAGCAAGUGCGCAUCUUCCCCAACGCCUCCCGGUGGAAAUCGUUCCAGCAAUGGCUGAAGAAGUUAUCAGUGGGCGGACUGGACGAACUGGACCAGGGCGGCAGUGCCGUGGGAAAUGGGGAUGAUGUUCCGGAGCGGUGUGUCAGCUCCACGCUGUUGGUUCAGAACAUCCACGAGCAGCGCUCAAAGUUGAGAAGCCUGAAUGGACGGAUGGAUCAGCACCGUGAACUACUGCGGAAUAUCGUGCAGCGUAUGGAGAUCAACAUGGAAGCGGAUGUGGUAGAUGAUCCGACCAGUGCCCAGCGAAGGAUCUCCCGUUAUGCUGUGCCGAAACAACCGCGUCCCCGAGCGUUAUGGAAUAAAGUGAAGAAUGCGCAGAUGCUUAAGUCCGCACUGAAGAGAAAGGUCACGAUUGGCGAAAGAGAUAUUUCUGUCAGCAUCGACGAAUGAUGCUGAUUGUGAAGAUACAAUUAAGUUUGUGGACUGUAUGAAUUGUGGUAUUUAUUAAUUUAUUUCAUUUAUUAGUAUAUGGAUUUUAUUUGUUUUACUGCUUCCAACAUGUGAAGAAGGCGACUGCACAUAACGGACAUGGCUGCUUCAGUUAAACUUAUAGGCUCGAUUAUCG